AUGCAAAGCUCAAAGCCUCUUGACUUAAUUCGAAUGGGGUGCAUAUCUGACGAAGAAUAUGAAAGGGCAGCACCUCAACUCGCAGACAUAAUAAAAACAGCACAGAUGGCGGUUUGUCGUGAUGUUAUUUCUCUAAUCAAAAAAAUCAUUAAAGAUAAGCAUGCUGCUCCUCCAGCCAAGCUUCGGGCUUUAAAGCUAUUUCAUGCCUGUAUGAUGGUAGCCAAUACACAUUUUUUAAUAUUUGCCCAGAAAAAAGUAAUGAGUAGGUUUACCAUACUCGCAAAACACCGAAAACAAAUUCAUGAGGAUAAUCGAGGAGAUGACAUGUUUGGAUCUGUAAGUGGGGCAUCUGAUGAAAACAGAGAAGCUUCUAGAGAAUUCUUGAUAUGUCUGCUGCAAUAUAUUCAAACUUGAGCACAGAGAUUUGGAAAAGCACCUGACGGGAAAUCAAGUGCAUAUUAUAAUGCUUACACGACACUGACCAAAGAAAAUGUUACCUUCCCGAAAAGAAGCUCCAGGUCUAAAACAAGUUCAGAAAAUCAUCAAAGGCCGCUGUCGGCAACACCAAAACAGAAUAACCAUAUGAUGUAUGAAGGAAACUCACCAGGAAGUCUGGGUUGCAAGCCUAAGUCUUAAUCUUAAUUUUAAUCUUGCAGAUAGGCAGGCUGGCAAGCCAUAUUGCCGAUGCAGCCUCCAAGGAUCAUGAAUGGUUGAAGUGAUUUGAUAGACAAAUUUGCUCACAUUACUUCUUCAGCCUCGGCGCUAUUAAAAACACAAGUAUCACUUGCUGUUCCUUUCAUUGUAGUAUACAGAAUUGGGUAAGCAGACUAUAAACUUCUACGGUUCUAAAUGGGCCGAAGGACAGUACUUUACCUUAGAAUCAAAUAAAUGCUGGGUGCAUUUCCUAAUAGCAACAGGAAAAAGACUUCAUCUUAUGGGUCAGGGUUAAGCCUUGGUUUCUUUGAGAGAAUGACUUGGCGUCUGAUGGAUAUCGAAAACACUCCAUUUUUAACUAUAGAAGCUAAACCAAAAUCUACCCAGAUAAACAUAACCUCCAAUCAGCACGGAUCUCACCUAAUUUCUCGCGUGAUUUGCCUUGGCCAUAGAUUGAGAUAAUUAUGUCAAGAGGUAGGGUGUGAUUUUAUACAUAUGUAUAGUUUGCAAGCCAUACAAUAAAAAAUACAGGAGGAAGCUUGCAGGUAAGAGCCGAGUCAACUAUAAGCCUUUAUAAUGAUUUGAAAUCAUCAGGAGGAGACAGAGAGAUGAUAAGUGAGUGCUUUUUACAGCUAAAGCAACUAAAAAAGGAAAUUGAAAGAGAGCUGGAGAACUCUGAUAAUCCAGAAAAUAUUGGAAGCUUGCUUGACAUAAAUGACAGGCUGCAGAUGAUUACUGACACUGAGCAAAAUUUUGCGCAAGAUUACUCGAUGGAUAGGAAAAAAUAUGAUUCCGCUCCCUCUAUACAGCCACUUCAACCCAUCCGAAAACAAGAGCCUAAUAAUAUAUGCUCUUUUGUUUGGACUGAAUAAUAUUUCUAGAUAAAAUAGUUUUCAUUUAAAAAAUAGCACUGAACAUUAUAAGCAUAUUAGAUCUGGAUUUAUUUGGAAGCCCUCCAACAAUUCCAUCAUCUCAAUCCCCCUCAUUUUCCAGCAUGAACUAUGCAACCUACAAUCCUCGUCUACAAAUGAUGCCAUCUCCUGACCCUUACUCUCAGGACUAUCCAGCUCUUUCGCCUACUCUUGCGAAAGCCACUGACUCAGAUACUUUGAGAUUACUCAAACAAGAAAACGAGACACUUAAAAAAAGAAUUAACAGCAGACAAGAUGAUGACAUAAACCAAGCCAACCAAUUGAAUUUGCUCAUGACUGAAAAUAUGCAGUUAAAGCAGGCUUUCGAAGCUGUAAAGCAGCAAAUGUUUAUGCAAGAAGAAAAUCUGAGAAAUUUAACUGCAGCCGGAGCACAAAUAAAUGCAUCUCUUAUAGAAGCGAACCAAAGUAUAGAGAAAUUGACAAAAUUGCUAGAAAUUAAAGAAAAUGAACUCCAAAGCUUGAGGCAAGGAGGUCAAAAGCAAAAUGGUUAUCAAGCAAGUAUAUCACAGCAGUCACUUCCAAUGAAUCCUAAUUUAUUAGAUGUAAAAGUGCCUCCAAAGCGUGGGCCAGAAUCCCAAAAUUCGUCCCUGAAUCCUUUUGAUAGUGAUUCUUCACUCACCCCCUUUAAAUUGGAACAAAUUAAGAUAAAUUUCCUUUAAAACCAUUUUAAAUUGGAACAAAUUUCUUUUUAAAUAGGAAAAUUUAAAGGUGAAAAAUACAAUUUUUAAUGGACUUACACUAUCUAGAACGGGCUUUUUUGUUGGCACUAUCAAAAAAAGCCACGCUCUAGAUAGUGUAAGUCACUAUAUAAAGCUAGUUUUUGAACUAAUUUAAAUGGAAAAAGUGCAAGUAGAAUAUUAUUAAUUAACCAUUUUCACACAGAAUCGGUUAAUUUUUAUAAAAAUAAAUUAAAAUUCAAAAACAUUUCAUUCAUUCUAUAUUCAUUUAACUUCUCAGAAUUUUAAUAAUUUUUUUUAAAAAAAAAUAAACCCCCUUAAAUUGGAACAAGAUGUUUGUUUCCAAUUUAAAAGGAGGAAGUCAAAUGAUAUUCCUGCUCAGCCCCACAAUUUUCCAAUUCAAAAUGCUUUAUUUUAUCGAAUCUGCAACACUAUGGACAGAGGAAUUCUUUAUGACGAUGAGUCAUUUCAAGUAGGUAUCCAAAUUGUUCUAAAUGAAUCUGAAAUUAUGGGGAUGAUUUAUAUAGGAAACAAAACCCCAGUUCCUGUCACAGAAAUAAACACAGAAGUAACCAGUUAUGAUAAAGAAGGACUUAUUGUCCUCAUAAGCCCAAUUAUUUCAACUGACACAAUCACACAAGGCGCACAAGCCAAUCGCAUGCUUAAAGUUUCUCUCAAAGAUUUCACAGGCAAAAUUCCCAAAAUAAUCAUAAAAAUCAAGCAAGGCUCUGAUAAUAAAACUUUAUUUUUAAAUUUGCCUAUCACAAUAGCUAGAUUUUUACAAGGAAUUCAAAGGCCACCUGAAGAGUUUUGGUCUAUAUGAGAAAGACUUGCGUUUAAAGAGGAGAAAUUUUCAUGCCAAAUGCAAGGGAUUCGAUCAAUGCAAGAGCUAACGCAGCACUUAUCGCUUGCUGGAGCAUUCAAAAUAUACAGUUCACAAGAAAUCCCUCAGCUUUCUCAAAUCCAACUGUUCGGCGCAGGGCAAAAAGGAGCUGCUGUAUUUUUCCUCUGUACAAUAGACCCUCAAACAAUGUCAGCCCAGCUCUCAGUUCGCAGUGAAAACUUAAAACUGCGUGAGUCCUUACUCGAAGUAAUUUCAGCACAGAUAUCAGGUAAAGAAUAA